AUAGAAAAAAAUGCUUUGUUUUCUCUCGUUUGGAAGAGGACCACACCAAGGACUUUUCUGGUCCAGGACAAGACUCAGAUUCCGCUCAACAAUUGAAUCCGACCAUAACUGCAUACCAAUUUACUAAUGACAAUGAUGGAUUUACACCGAUCGACGCAUUUAUUGGGAUAGUGAAGGAAUACGAGCACCAGUAGAUUUGGGUUGUAAUUGUCCUUCAUAUUGCGAUAUAAAUUAGAGUUGAGCCGACUGUGCGUUUAGCCAUUUCAUUAUGUCAGGAAUAUCAAUCUUAGCAUUUGUGAUGAUAUCUAUUCUAUCGUAUGGAUAUUAUGUCGUAGCAAGUGUCGAGUCUGCGAGGGAUGAGUGGAAUUUUGAGUCCGUAAAUCUGAAUGUGGACCUCUCUCGAGUACUCAAGAAAGUGAAUGAACGUUUUUUGUCUGUUGCCAUAGACGCGAGUCUAGUCGCUGAAGAGAAGUUCAUGUACCUUUUAACGUCUCCAAAGUUGAGGACAUUGGCAAAAGCUUUGACUCCAGCAUUUCUGAGAUUUGGAGGGACAAGACAAGAUUUCAUGACCUUCAACCCAACAUUUUUACAUUCAAACGAGAAUCACAAAAACUCUGUGUUUGAUGCAGAUGACAUAUGUGAAAGGCUGGAGCUGCCUCCACUACUGGAAAAGAGGCUGAAGCAGGAAUGGACUCUACAGGAAAUACUUCUCGACAAGGAGGACUUGCAGAGGAAGUAUAGGAGUGUAAAGUUCACAGAGUAUGCAGUGGAUCUGCUCUACUCUUUUACCAACUGCUCUGGAUUAGACCUCAUCUUUGGGCUCAACGAGCUGCUCAGGACCUCUGGGAACUCCUGGGACAGCAGCAAUGCCAGGACCCUCCUACAGUACUGUGAAUCUAAACAGUACAGCAUGUCCUGGGAGCUGGGCAAUGAGCCCAACAGCUAUGAGAAGAAGGCAGGGAUCAGGGUGGAUGGAUAUCAGCUCGGCCAAGAUUUUGUUCAACUCCGCAAGAUUCUGCAGGAAUCCAAACUUUACCAUAACACUGGACUCUAUGGACCAGACAUUAGCCAACCCCGGGACCACCGGAGAGAUUUACUGGAGGGGUUCUUGGAGAGUGGGGCAGAAGCAAUUGAUGCAUGCACCUGGCACCAUUAUUAUGUCAAUGGAAGAGACACGUCUCUAGAAGAUUUCCUAGACCCUGAGGUGCUAAACACGUUGGCCUUAAAAACACAUGAAGUCAUGGAGACCAUUGAGCUGACCUCCCCUGGGAAGAAGGUGUGGCUUGGAGAGACUAGUUCUGCCUAUGGAGGCGGGGCUAAGGGCCUGUCUGACACAUUUGUCGCUGGAUUCAUGUGGCUGGAUAAACUGGGCCUGGGUGCGAAGCUCGGAUUGGAUGUUCUCAUCAGACAAGUUUUGAUUGGAUCUGGGACUUACCACCUGGUAGAUGAGAACCUGGAUCCACUUCCUGAUUACUGGCUAUCAGUUCUGUACAAGAGGCUUGUUGGACCAGAGGUGCUGAGUAUAGAAGCCUUUUCCAUUUUGGGAAAGACGAAAAGAGUACGGGUCUACCUGCACUGCACUAACAAGAAAAGCACAAGCUACAAAAGUGGAGCAGUCACAUUGUUUGCUCUGAACCUGAGUAAGGGCCCUGCAAGGAUCUCUGUGCCUGUUACAAUCUCUAACAGUACCGGCGAGGCCUUCGUUCUACAGUCUGAACAGCCUGGCGAGGAGGGACUCUACUCCAAGUCUGUGAAACUCAACGGAGAGGUGUUGAAGAUGGUGGAUGAAAGAACACUUCCAUCGCUCCAGGGAACUCCUCUUCCUGCAGGCGAAGAUCUCAGACUCCCUGGUUAUUCCUUUGCCUUCUAUGUCCUCAGCAAGGCCCAGGCGCUGGCCUGCCGAUGACCCCAAUUGGAGAGGAGGACUUGAGAAGAUGGAGGUAAACUCACUGUCUAAACUAAGAGAAGGAAAUGCUGUACUUGACUAUUGCACUAAACACAGCUGUAUGACUUUGCCAAAGAAUGUAAACCAAGUAAAUGUGGUGAAAGGAUUCGAUCAUCUUUGGAAAUAACUAUUCAUCUACAUGUAUUACAUUUUUGUAUAUUUUUCAACAUGUUAUAAAUAGUCUUAGUAGAUUGUGAGUAGGGUUUUAACAUUUCAGAGGACUCAUACGGUUUCAGUCUGUCACUUAAAUGCAAUACUUGUUGUACAUAAAUUAUGUUUCAUAUUUGAUGCCAAAAACGUUAGACUUAACGCAACUUGUUUACGCUCUGGUUACUUGAUUUUCUACUCAGUAAUGUUAAGUAGUUGAAUUGUGCAAUUUUCUAUUUUGGUACACUGGGAUACAAGUCUUUUAUAAACUUUUUGUGUGUGAUAUAUUUGUACAACAUAAUUUGGAUGAGAAAAUAAAUACAGUAAUGAAUUCAAAGCA